UGAUCGGCAUUAUUGUUGAUUGACACGUUCCUUACUGACCUGUCUCACAACGAUGGCAGGUGGAGGGAAUUUGAUUCGCAUACUCGGUGACUAUCAUUUGUGAGAAAGCUGGGAAGGGGCUUGGGUACACUUGUCGAGCUCUUCGUCACACAUCAACGGCUGCCUGACGUUCGGCCAAGUGUACCAGGACUGUCGCCAUCAGUAUCUCACUACUUAUCAUCGACCGAGGACAAAGUUUAAAAGUGCAAACGGCGAGCUCAUUGUCACUACAGUACGCUAAGCAGCAAUGAAUAUGUUGAACUCCAGUAUUCCCGUUGUCUCGGGCUUUGAACCCAUAACACUGCUGGCAAACUACUCGGAGUCCUUCAGUCUCGAGACAGAUUCGCUGGCCACCGCCUGGGUGUAUUUGAGCCACACGCUCACCUGGAACACUUUCUGGAAGCUGUCGACACUGAUACUCGUUCUUCUCAAUUUCAAGGUGUUUCCCUUCAUCUACCACCUCCGCAUUCUCAAUGGGCUCCGUUUUGUUCUGCGCUCUCAACGGCCCAGUCAAGAUGUCGGACCCGAGCAACUAUUCCAACCCCUGAUCACAUCGUCAAAGGCUCCUAUGAUGGAGAUUGACGUUUUCGGCCACAAAUCCAACAGCACAUACUUCUCCGACAUAGACGUGGCCAGAGUGCAUCUGAUCACUACUCUCUUUGGCAACGGCAUUGCCAAAAUCCGGGGCGGCACCACUAUGAAUGGUCUUAGCGGCAGGCCGCACAGCAAAUUCUCGGUAGCUUUGGGAGCAGUCACCUGCACAUUCAGAAAGGAGUUGCUCCCUUACGAGACCUACGAUAUGUGGACUAGAGUCCUCACUUGGGACGAUAAAUGGCUGUAUCUUGUCACGCACUUUGUCAAGAGAAGUUCCAACAUUGCGCCACGGCGAUCUUCCCUGUACCCCGACCAGAAUACUCGCUCCUCGGAGAAGGAGGUGGAAGAUGACGUUGGUGCAAUGUUCAAGACCCAGACUACCGACAGCACUUGCGGUCCUGCCAAAGCUCCAAUUGCGGCCUCUGCUCUGAGCAAGAUGGUGUUCAAAAAUGCGCGAAUCACCAUUAGACCCCAAGAAAUGCUCGAAGCGGCGAAUCUGCUACCUACUGGCUACCUGGCCAAGGAAGGAGAAGCGGAGGCCAAUGCGCAGUCCCAUGGUCUGAAGCUCGCCCAAGCCAUCGAAGCGGAGAGGCAACGGGGAAUGCGCAUGGCCACUCUCCUAGCCGGCCAAACAGCAUUGGAGGACGAGUUCAAUGGCGACAUUGCCUUGGGCAGGCAUUACGAUGGGGUUGGAAUUGAGGGAGUCGUGGCUACGCUUGCACAGCUUGGCAAGCUCUCCCCCUAUCAGCUUGUGUAA